AUGGCUGAAUUCCCUCGGAUGAGAGCACAUGCUGAGAUUGAUGAAGCUCAAGAUGGUGUCCAUGAUCAACCUGAUGAAGAGAUGCUAGAGCAGCUGAGAGGCAUGCAUGGUGUACUUGAUCUCAACUUCAGUCCAGCACAACCGACAGGAAUGCCUGGUGUACUUGAUCUCAACUUGAGUCCAGCACAACCUAGAGGCAUGCAUGGUGUACUUGAUCUCAACUCCAGCCCAACACAGAUGAGAGGGUUGGAUGGUGUACUUGAUCUCAACUUAAAUCCAUCACAACAGAGAGUCUUGGAUGAUGUCCCCGAUCGACGCGAUGAAGAGAUGCAAGAGCAGAAGAGAGUCUUGGAUGAUGUCCCCGAUCGAUGCGAUGAAGAGAUGCAAGAGCAGAAGACAGUCUUGGAUGAUGUUCUUAACUGCGCACAGCCAAGGUAUGGUAAAGAUGGCUUAGUCACAUUUGAUGGCAAGAUUGGGACAUGGGCGUUUAUUAAGGAAACUCCAGCGGUUAAAAAGAGUAAAAACAGAGAAAAAGGGACAAUAGAGAUAAAACCUGUUAAAGUUACCCGAGAUGUCAUGAGGAACUAUCUCUGUGAGCUAGUGAUUCCAGCUAUCCAGGACAAGUGGCCUGACGAGGAUGAAGGAAGAACAAUCUUUAUCCAACAGGAUAAUGCCAAACCUCACGUCCUCCCUCAUGAUGAAGGUUUCCGACAGGCCGUAGCACAAACUGAUUUGGACAUUAAAUUGCUGCAGCAACCUCCAAAUAGCCCAGACCUGAAUGUGCUCGAUCUAUGCUUCUUCAGGUCUCUGCAGUCCCUCACUGAUACCAGUGCACCAAACAAUAUCAGGGAGUUGAUACAUGGCGUGGAGGAAGAAUACAGGAACUACGAGGUCAACAAACUGUCUCGAAGCUUCAUCACACUACAAUCAUGCAUGAUUGGGGGUGCUGGUCUUCGGAAUAUGGAUUUGCUAGAAUUAUCUUCACAUUUUAUACCAGGACAACAAGAGGAUGCACAUGAGUUCCUUCGUUGCUUGUUGGAUAAUUUGCAUCAUUGUACCCUUGAUCCCAAAUCAAAGGGGAAGCCCUCAUCUUUUGAUGAGGAAAGUAUUGUCAAGCACGUGUUUGGAGGUCGACUAAAAAGCCAGUUGACAUGCCGUGAAUGUGGUCACUGCUUCGAGACAUUUGAGCCCUUCCUUGAUCUCAGCUUGGAGAUUGACCAGGUCGAUGACCUUAUUGUUGCGUUGGAAUCUUUUACUAAGGUGGAGCAAAUCGGUGAUGUUGAGAACAAGCUAACAUGUGAAAGAUGUAAUGUUGAAGUUUGUAAGGACAAGCGCCUUCUGCUUGCUAAAGCACCUGAUGUUUUGACACUUCAACUGAAGCGCUUCACCACACUUGAUAGUUCAGUUGAAAAGAUUGACAAACAUGUGGCAUACCCAUCAGAACUUGAUUUGAAGCCGUUCCACAGUAAUCCAGAUACGGAGGAGCUGAAAUAUGAUCUUUAUGGUGUCGUUGAACAUUCUGGCUUACCGAACUUUGGCCAUUAUGUGUGCGCCAUUCGUUCUUCACCAAGCAGUUGGCACUUGAUGGAUGACUCACAUGUUAAUUCCAUUACGGAGACAAGUGCACUACGACAUGAAGCAUAUGUUCUCUUCUAUGUUAGGCAGGGUAUGUUCCCGUGGUUCUCAAGUUUGAUAGACGAAGCUACUAAGACAAGUCAACAAAGAACAUCUGUCGAAGAUGAAAUCAACAACCCGGAGACACCCUCAACUCGGAGAACAUCGGACCAUGAUGUGUUUGCCUUUGAGAAAUUAGAUGAGGAGGAUACUCGCUUGAUGCCUGUGACUGAACAUCAAAGGAAGGUGAAGAAACCAAACACUAAAUUUGCGUCAAAAUCUGUGAAAGGCUCUUUCCUAGAUCAGAGUGUAUCAAGGUUAAUGAUGGACAUGCCGUCGGCACGAAGGCAAGGUUUUCUGGACUGCAUUAUCACACAACGCCAUGAGCAUGAGUCCUACAGUGGCCCUCGAAGUGACCAUGCAGUGGCCCAGGAAACAAUAUGCACUAGUCAUGCAUCUGGUGAACUCUCAUGUUGCUUCUUACGUCUAUCCGAUGCACUGGAUGUCAUUGCUUCUCGACACAGAGGGAUAUGUUGA